AUGGUUUCUGCGGUCAAGCCCUUUUUUGAUCCUGCGGCUUGUAGCACCAAACCACACGAGAAAAUUUGCACUCAUUCACUUCACUUACCAAUCAACUAUCCUUUUUGUGGAUCAUCGACACAAGGGCCUUCGCUUGAGACUUUGCUCUCCAAGCUCCCCAAACGAGCCAUUCUCGAGUGUUUCGUCACCAGCUUCACUUGCACCGUCGAAAGGGCAUUUCAUAGUCUGGAUACUACAACGUUCCAGCAGGGACUUGACCAGUAUUGGAAUGACAAGUCUCUGGUCGAUGACGAUUGGAUGGCAUAUUUCCUUCUGGUGCUCGCCCUGGGUUGUCAAGCCCACAAUUCAGCUGCAACUCCUGGUCUUGAAGCAUAUCAGUCUCUCCCAUCUCUGUUGCUCCACGCCGCGGAGCUAUGUCUCAUGCGUACGCCAUUCAUGUUGAGACCCACAACGAACACCAUUCGGGCUCUUUGCCUAAUGGUAAUUGCAAAACAAAUCUAUGCAAUGUCCUGUCACGCUUCCGACACAUGCUGGCCGCUCAUGGGUUUGAUUUACCGACUCGCAAUUGCAAUGGGUCUCAAUAACCCUGUAGCAACGGGAAAUCUGCCAAGCCAUGAUAUCCGCUCAAGAGAGCGGCUGUGGAGAGUAAUUGUGCUCCUGGAAAUCAGGCAGUCUAUUAACUGUGGCAUGCCUUUACUCUUAACGAAAGACGACCUUCAGCCUCGUACAAGCCAUAACCCUGUUCUGGACGUCGGAACCUCCGAGUGCUCGGCACAAGAGGCAGACGACCAGGUCUUCCUCCUUGAGGAAGUACUCUGCCAAUCUUUCCCGACAUUGCUUCGGGUCUUCGAACUCGCGGGAAGCACGAAAAACCAUGUGGCAUACGAGGAGAUCGUCGAACUUGAUGCCGACUUGAGACGAUGCUUGAGGAGACCGGACAUGACACUUGGCAUUCUUCAGUCAUCAUCAAUCCUUGAGCACCCGGGUAGCUUCGACGACCUGGAGGUCUCUAUGCUUGAUGUCCUCCUCCGCCGGGCACUCCUAGUCCUCCAUUCACCCUACGCUCUGCAACCGCACUCGUCCAUCGAUCACCCUCUAUCUUACAUCUCCUCCCUCGAGAGCUCCCUCGCAAUCUUGUCCCAUCAACGAAAUCUUUGCGAGGCAGGCACCAGUCAACGAGAGAACACUUGGUUUGCCGGUCUUUUCAGAGAAGAAUUUUUCACCGCCGCCAUGACUAUAUGCUCACUAAUGGUCCACACUAACACAAACCUUGAGACAUCGUCUGACUGCAAGUGUCAAAUGGGUGCCAGACAAAUCGUCCUUCAGGCGCUUCAGUCUUGCCGCGACUUGUGGAGCCGGGAGAAGCACGCUUCUGUUUGCAAUGCCCACGCGUUCCAGAUUCUUGAUAAACUCAUCGCACACUUGCAGGGUAUAGGGCGAGGCAAUUUGAGUGGACUUGGCUGUCCAGUCAUGACACCAGAAGCGAUUCCCAGAAGCAAUGAGACAUUAUCUGCUGACCCUUAA